AUGAUGGCGGGGCAGGCGACCUGCGAGGUGGAGAGGCUGCUGGUCGGGUUCGGCUACGCGGGCGGGCUGGCCGCCGCCUACCGCGGCAGCGAGGAGACGCGCUGGGGCUCGUCAUUGCCGGCGGACCUCCAGUGCGCUGCGCCUGGGAUAGAUCGGGACAUUCGCGGCGUGGGUUCGACGAGUGUGAGAGACUGGAUCGCCCAGAGGUGCCAGAGCAGCCGCGGCAGCCCGGUGUGGGUGGACCUCUGGACGCUGGCCACGUCGGUCGACUUCCGCCUGCGAGAGUGCAAGACGGACUUGGAGAUCAUGCAGGUGUUGUCGGCCGAAGAUAUGAUGGUUGCCCUGCGGCGGCUGGCCGCGUGCGUGCACGAGGAGAGAAGUGGUGACCGCGUCGGCGCCCAGUAUAUGUUAGGCACCGCGCCGCCUGGCUGCUCGGCAGAGGUUGCUCCUGCGCGGAUGGUAGCCUCAGCGAAUACCCACUCGAAGACCGAGCGCCCGAGGUGCGAGCGGGUGGAGUCCGAGCUGCGCGCCAGGAAGAAGAAGAAGAAGAAGAAGAAGAAGGAGGGCGAGAAGGGCGACGGUCGUGGACGCGGCCGUGGCCGAGAGGACGUGGAGGUCGCGGGGGAGGUGGUCUCGGCGAGCCCGAUCGACGAGCCGCUGCUCCCCAUCACGCUGGCGGAGCGGCCCAAAGCGACGACGAGUCGGUCCAGCCAUCUUCGACAUCGCCAUCAGCGAAGGCUCUGGCUCUGGGCCCUCGCGAACGAGCUCGCGCGUGGGAUCAACUUCGUGGAUGCGGGCUCGUGCACAGUCCUCACCCGACUCCGCCGCUGGAGCAGCUCGUCGGAGAACAUUCGGAGUCUGCGCGGCCAGGCGCGAAAAGACUGGCAGCGGCGCGCCGAGAUCUCGAUCUGA